GGAAACACUUGCUAAAAGGGAACUAAAAUAACGUAGUAAGAACGGCUUUCGCUGGGAGUGCUGUGGUUUACGACGGCUGUGAACGCAGCGCGGCGGUACCUCUCUAGCUUAGCCGUUAGCAUGGAAACUAGCUUAAAAGUUUAUAGCACGCGUUUUAAUAAUAAACAUGGUUGUCGUCCCCAUGUGUGUGUGCUGUAGUUGCGGGGUCCUGCGGGAUGUGAACGCACUCGAGUCCCGCACGGUGACGGCGGGGCUCGGAGCAGGCUGGGCUCCAAAAACUCCACGGGGAAGUUCCCCAGGAAAUCCCCUUUCUGCUCGGGGAUAUUAUUCUCCUGCUCACCGGCGCCUCACACGACUUCCUCGGUGCACGAUGAACAUGUCGGAUUAUUAUUAACACAAACACAUUUAUUUUCCUUUAACAUCCAUCAAAUCUCUCCGCCAUGGAUAAUGAGGACAAGAUGCGGAGCUUCAGCACCAUCACCAGCCUGUACCAUGAGACCCGGCAGGAGAGCGAGCUGCUGGAGAAGCAGAUCCACGUCAAGGACAACAUCAUCGCCGACCUGAAGGCGAGGCUGGGCCGGUACGAGAGGCUCCAUGUGUCGGUGGGGGGACCCGAGGACCCCCACCCGGAGGAGAAGCUGGUGGUCGGGCCCUCCAGGUCGCUGCUGGAGAGCCUGUGCCAGGAGAUCUGCAAACUGAAACAGCGGGGAAGCGACGCCGAGUUCCGGGCGUCGCGACAGGAAGAGGAGAUCCAGAGGCUGACCUCUCACCUCCGAGAGAAGGAUCUGGAGCUGGAGAGCGUCCGGUGUCAGCCCGACCACGAGAAGGACCGCGAGAUCCAGCGGCUGCGCUCGGCCCUGGAGGAGAGGGAGCGCUGCGAGGCCACCAGGUCCGUCCUCUGCACCUCCCUGGUGGAGGAGGCCGACCAGCUCCGGGGGCAGCUCGGCGCCACCGUCAAGGUUUGCCAGGAGCUGCUGGCGAGGCUGGAGAGGAAGGACGGAGGAGCGGUGGAGGAGAUGCCCCAUCAGAAGAAGGCUAAGGAGACGGCCGAGUCCUCCGACAUGAGCGGAGUCAACACUCAAAUCGUUCAACUUCAGGAGGAGAAUAAACAGCUAAAGCAGCGAGUGGCAUAUGUACAGGGUUUGAACUCCCAGUGGCAGAAGUACGACUCCAGCCGGGAGGACUACAUCCGAGGUUUGUGUCAGAGGCUGAAGGAGAGCACCGGGCCGGGCCUGGUGCCGGCGCUGGGUUCUGUCAGCACUGGGUUGCUCCAUCACGAAAUCACCAGGCUCAACGGCUUACUUGAGGAGAAGAUGAGCGAGUGUGCUCGGCUGGAAAGAGACGUGGAUGACACGAGGAGGAAGGACCAGGAGCGCAUCCAGACCCUGGAGCAACAGGUUAUAAUCUACACAGACGACUUUAAGUCGGAGCGUAGGGACCGAGAGCGAGCACAGGGUCAGAUCCAGGACCUGAAGGAGCAGGUUUAUCAGCUGAAACAGCAGCUACACAAACAGGGAGCCACCAGAGAGCAGAACAGAUGUGUGGUUCCCAUGUGUCGCGUGCACAUAGGACACCGGAUCUCCACACGGCGACACAAGGACAACACAGAGCAUCUACUGAGGACCACCGCCGAGACGCAGACGCAGCCGCAGCCGCAGCAGCAACUCGCAGCCGCAGCCGCAACGCCGAGCCCCGCCUGGAGCGAGUGCCAGGACCUGUCCGAGCUGCAGUGCCCGCGGUGCAUGGCCAAGUACAGUGACACGGACACGGCCGAGUACCUGAAGCACUGGGAGGAAUGUGCCAAGCUGUAGAGGAACACUCAUUCGGAAAAGACAGUCAUUUGCUGACAGUAACUGAACACUGACGAGCAGCACUACACGGCAGAAAAUAACCUGAGUGGAGUUUCCAUCUUCGGGAGGCGUGACUACAAAUGAAUCAAUUGAUGUGAAAUGUUUGUACAUAGAGAAACAAAAGUGUACAACCCCCAGUUCCCCUGUCACAGGAGAAAUGAGUUCAUCGAGCCUUCAGUUGGAAAAGUGUCAGGUUCUGAGUCCUGGGGCAACACAUGGGGUUACUGUGGAGGGGGGGGGGGGAUGUCGAUGCAAUAUAUCAAAUAUCAUAUACCUCAAUAUGUCCAAUUACAAAUCUGUUGCACUUUCUUGACAUUUAGCCCAAAACUAAUUGUAGGAUUGUACGAUUUUAAAGAUCCAUAAGCUUCUUAUUUUGGAACUAGAUAUCUAGUCAAUAAUGUGGUGCUAUUCAUAGUUUAUUUUUGAUCGAACUUGACAUAUUUUUUGUUCUGUAAAUUAUCUACUAAACAAAUUUAAAAUAUAACUUAAUAUUUAUUCUUCUUGCAUAUAAAGGAAGAGGCAGAUCAUUUAAGUGCGAUGCCUUUUUUAUUUUCCGCCAAAGCCAAGAAAUAUAUAUUUCUUAACUCAAAUGUUUUUGAGAACCACUUUUUUUUUUUUUUUUUUUUUUUUAAGUGAUUGCAUCCCAACUGACAAAAUGCUUAUUUCUGUGAUAUCUGGUGCAGUUUUUCUCGAGCUGGCACAUUAUUUUUGUAAUAAAAAAAACGUUCACCCAC